ACCACAACAAACAAAAAUAGAAAAAAGUCGUCCAAAAGACAUAACAGAGCAAUGGCGUAUAUAGCACCAACAAUGGGCGUCUCCCAAAUUUCAUCUUCCAUAUACAAGCUGGAACUCCCACUCAAGUCCCAGAAUCCAAAUUCCUUUUUCCUCAAAAGAACUAAGGUAACUCAUAAAAAAUUCAAUCUUGUUAAUAAAGCAAGCAGCAUCGAUGGGUCCACUCCAGCUCCAGGUCUUUACUCAGCCAAGCAAUUCGAGCUGACUCCUGAAAACGUGGAUUUGGUUCUUGAAGAUGUUCGCCCUUAUCUCAUUUCUGAUGGUGGAAACGUCGAUGUCGUUUCUGUCGAAGACGGCGUCGUUUCCCUCCAGCUUCAAGGAGCAUGCGAGAGUUGUCCUAGCUCAACAACCACAAUGAAGAUGGGGAUUGAAAGGGUACUCAAGGAAAAAUUUGGAGAAGCCAUCAAGGAUAUUCGCCAAGUAUAUGAUGAACGUGUAGUUGAAACCACCGUUGAGGCUGUGAAUGCUCACCUCGAUAUAUUAAGACCUGCCAUUAAGAAUUUUGGUGGCAGUGUGGAAGUUUUAUCUGUCGAGGAAGGCAAUUGCAAUGUGAAGUAUGUAGGGCCUGACUCUAUUGGAUCAGGAAUCAAAGCAGCAAUUAAAGAGAAGUUCCCAGAUAUUGUCAAUGUAGUGUUUACUGCCUAGCUUGCUGCGCGACAGGAUUUUGUGAAGUUCUUUUGACAUGUUUGAGGUUAGAAACCAACGCUAUUGUCUUUUAUGUAGGAGAGAUGAAUAGUCACAACCAUUUCGAGCAACUUAUUCACUAUGUAAAGAGAUAACCAAUAACGAAGUGGCCAAGUUUCUUACCGCCUUCACUAUUCUGUAUUGAUAUGACAAGAUUGUGAGAA